CAACUAGGAAGUGUCUGUUGCUUAACGACUAUCACGCUAUAAACAAACUACACGCCUAGCAAAAUGCAGCGCGAAAGGAGUGUUAAAGUGAAGGAAGUUAUUACGGCUCUCUGCAGACUUCUCUUAGGAUUGAACGUCAAAACGAUCCCGACUGCCGAAGCAUUCAGGAGAGCCAAAUUUAACAGAAAAGAUGCAGUAGUGGACAUGUGGAGUUUGUUAAGCAGUCUUCUGCAGAGGGCAUUUGUGCUGGAUUGCGCAUGCCAGGACUCUAAAGACAAAGAUUUUGACACGCAGCUUCUGUUUGUAAGGAGUGCCUUAUGGCACUGUGGUUACGGGGCCUUGUGGGUGGUGGGACCCCAGCCCCCUAGUCACAUAGAAGAAGUGGGAAGCCGAGAUCUGCUUCUAGCAUUGGGCUGGGUGCUGUCAUUUAGAAAUCUGCUGGAGUCCCUGCUGGCAGAAAAGGUUUAUCAGUUAGACACACUCUCAUCUGCACCAAAGGGUAUCAUGCUUGGUCAAUGGAACAUAUUGCCACAUGGACCACAAGAAGAGACCGAUGCUAUGAAGAAUGAUCAGACACUGCAGACACUACAGUGGCAAUAUGGGAAACUAAGGCUUCAGUGGAAGAGCUUACUCUCAGCUCAAGAGGAAAGGUCAAGACUCACCCACAGGGUUGUCUCCAAUAUCAACGCCUCCGCUAUCUAUCAGACUAACAUCACUGGUUCCCAUCACAUCAACGUGACGUCAACUGCACUCGACAAGGAACUGGAGCGAAUACAGACGCUGAACGGAAUUCUGGAAGCGUAUCUGGAUUGGAAACUUCAUGAGCCUUUAUUCUGGUGCUGGAUGGACAGCGUGAUUGACAGCUCCCUCGCCGAUGCAUGCGAGGUGAAGUCUGCCGAUUGGCCACCGGGGGAGAGGGCUGUCACUCUUAAGUGUCCCCACGGUGACAAGGAAAGGAGGGCAAUCAGACGGCUUGACAAGAUGUUGCUGAGGCUGCAGACAGAACUAAGGGUCAGAAGAAUAGAGCGGUUAACUCUCACGCUCACCUCACAGGCAAGACAUCAGGAGGUCUCACAGCUCUCUGAAAGGCAAAGAAUAGAGGUAGAGAAGAGGGUUGCGGGCUAUUUGGAAGGCCUCCGUCUCACAAACGCCUCCACAAUCACAUCAAGAGGGUUCCUGCCAUGUCUCCAGGACUUGCCACCCGCAAAGCCAUCUCACAGGCUGCAGACUGGGGAACCUGGCUUGACUGCAACAGCUGGAAAGCUCCAGGCAUCGUGGGCUUUAAAAGAGCUGAGGAACAGAGAAGCCGUACUGCAAUGGCAGCUGGACAGACUGAGGCAAAAUAUGAGAGGUGAAAUUCAUAAACUUGCCAGCACAAUGGAAGGGGUGGUACUCAUCCCACCAAUCAAGAGAUAAAUACUUUUCGUGACACUUAUAUAAAAGUGGACAGAAUGAAGUUUGAGUUCCUAAACAAUGGCUGUACUGUAUAUGGUAGAUAGGGAGUGUUUUACAGUCUGUUUAUACAUGAACCUACUGCACUGCAGUGUGUUUGGAAAAUAAAGAGACUUGCUACAUUCAAGGCUGUUCUUUAUACUCGCGUAAAAACGUUUAGUUCAAGUACAGAAGAAUAUGAAACUACACACUGAAUACAACUCUAAUGACUGACUCAAAUAAAUAAACUGACCUCUGUGCUCGAAUACUCCGUGCGGGAGGAAAUGGAAGACGUUUCAAAUAUUUUUUUAAUGCCUGCCAUUUCUUGGAAGAAAACAGCCUGCGGUUUCCAAAGUAGGUCAUUCUUCUCGAUGUUUUUCAACCUGUAAAGUUAGGAUCGAAGUUAGAGAGAUAUCAAACACCAAUAAUUAUCAGCAGCUAUACUCCUCAGAGACCAAAACAUGGUUUGUGCUCAGCAGUUCAUAAUACAGGAAGAUUUCACGUUUUAAUGCUGAGUGUGUUUCUAUACCAGCCAAUACCAGUGUGGUCUCGAUUACAUUUGGAAAGCUGUAAACAAGCUAGGUGUGCAAGAUAACAUGAGCGGUUGGCAAACUAAAGCAGCUGGCACAGGCGACGGUAUUAUCUUAUUAAGAACGUCAUUUCCAACACUGAUUUUCAUUAGGAUUAUAUUCUGAAAUCCUAAUCUAGACGCUGCAUGAUAAAUUCUAAAAGGAUUUUCUCUCCAUUACCCUCGGCCUUCUUAUCUAGGCUAGAAUUACUGUUUACAAUGUGAAUGCAGACAUGGCGGUUCUGUUUUGCUGCUUUUUCAAAUGAACUAAUGUAAGUGAAAUUUAAGGUUGUGUUUAUGCUGUUGUCGAGAGGGUCAGCCAGUGUCAGAGCCGAGAGCCAGUGUGGGUGGCUUUCUGAAUACUUCUGAAUAUUUGAAUAACCAGCCCUUUUUUCACACAUAUCAUCUACAACAUAUCUGUUCCAAAACCUUUUCGAUGACAUCCAUUGUCAUCCAGAACAUCACAGUUCUGUUUGAUCAGCACAUUAAUUAGAGAUACAUAAGUAGAACUGGGCUUUGUUUUCUGAGUUUUGUCGGAAAUGCUCUGUUCUUUUGGACAGGUAUAAACGCUCUCGGACAAGCAUUUAGCAGUGAUAACUGAAAAUAGAUGGGUGCAUUGCAGCUUGAAUUGUUAAAUAUAGAACAAAUAAUUUAUUUAGAUAAAUAAUUCGGAAAUGCUUAUGAGUAAAACGCACCGCUUUCACAGGGUUUUUUGACUUGAGGGAGGGGUUCGAGCAGACUAAUCACAGUGCUUGCAGUCUACUUAAAGUCUGCAUCGAGUUGAUGUGUUGUUACAUUUUUGGAGAGUAUAUGGUAAUUACGGCAAAAGACCUUUAAAUAAAACUGACACAUGCAGGAAGACUUGUCUGAGUUUUACAUCACACAUUAUCAUAGUAUAGAAGCCAUGCUGCGGGACUGCGUCUUAAACUUCUAACACUGACAGAAUAUUAUCGGAAGAAGACUUUGAUCGCAAUGCUCAUUAAUCUGCUGUUGGCGAAGUUUUAACCCAGCUUUAGACAUCCGUAACGGUGCUGAUUCAUUUGUUAGCCUGACUAAAUCAAAGAUGAUAAAUGUUAACAAGAUGAGGCACUGCUAUUACUGUGAAUGUGAGGAAAUGCAACACUUAGUUUGGCCGCUCUAGCGAAGAAAGUUCCGCCUUCUAGUAAAAAGAGCAGAUGAUUAAUUGAAUGUUGUGAGGCUCUUGCCAACCUCUAAUAUGCACAGUAGCAGAAGCUACCUUAAAAAAAAGGAUUUUUAGUGCAAUUUGAGCUUAAAAAACUAAAGUUAUGGUACAGUUGAUGUCAUGU